GAGAGAGAGAGAGGAAAUCGAAUCUGGAUUUUAGACGAACUAGGGUUUGUAUUUGUACAACGAAAAUCAAUAAAUGUUGGAUUAGCGGAUUAGAGAUCGGUUUGCGAGUUGUGCUCAUCAAUUCUGUUGCUUAUGACUGAUAGAAGAGCUGGUAAUCGCUCCAUGGGUCGCAAAGGUCGUCCUAAAAUGCAGUCUCGAACUUGUAAUGUCUGCUCUGCUCCUUGUUCAUCUUGCAUGCAUCGUAAUGCGGAAUUUACCAGUUCAAAGUCAGACGAGUCAUCAGAUGAGAACUCUCAUGGUGUAGUGGCGAGCCAGUGUUCUUUCAACGGGGACAAUCUUUUGCGUUCUUCUGGGGUUAAUGCUCCCAGCAGUUCACAUAACACUGCUAGUGAAGCGAGCCAUCUGGUUAAUUCCAAUCAUGAUACUUCAUCUGAGAAUGCUGAGAGUAUGGAAAUUAUAAGAUCUUCUGAUAUUUCCCAUGGCCCAAUAUUAGAUAGGUCUCGCAAAGAGCAAGAUUCCAUCAUGGUAGAUUCAUGUAGUGACCAUCAGGCCAGAAGCACUCUAGGGCAGGGAAAAGUCAAGGAAAAUUCAGGAGCAAAUAAUAACGAAGACAAGAAAAAUACUUUAACUGGAAGUUCUAAGCAUUCAGGACCAAAGGUUGGGAAGUCAGGAGAAAAUGUUCUCUUAAAUAACGCAGAUGAAUCAAACACAUCAGCCAUGUCUGAGAGUGAGAGUGAAACUGAUCCUGAAAUGCUGGAACUUGAUGUAAAAGUAUGUGAUACUUGCGGAGAUGCGGGUCGUGAGGAUUUACUUGCUAUCUGUAGCAGAUGCAGUGAUGGUGCUGAACACACCUAUUGCAUGCGAGUAAUGCUUAAAAAGGUUCCUAAGGGUUAUUGGCUUUGUGAAGAAUGCAAGUUUGCUGAGGAAGCAGAAAAGCAGAAGCUAGAAACCAAGGGAAAAAGAGAAAGUGAGGUAAACAGGAAUACACAGAGCUCCAGCAAAAGGCACAUAGAUAAAUUUGAGGCAGCUCCAGAUUCUAAAAGAUUGGCAGUUGAGGCUCCAACAGGGUCACCCAAGAGAUCUGUUCUCCCCAGAGUGUCCGCUUUAUCCCGAGAAACAUCAUUUAAGGGCUUAGAGAAGCCAGCGAGAAAGCUAGCUCAUAACUCAUCUUUCAAUAGCUACUCCAGUGAUGACACAGAAAGCACACGAUCUACUGACUCGCAGCUCCGGUCCCCUAAAGGUUCCUUUUACAAGUCCAAUUCGUUUAAUUCUUCGAGCUCUAGACCAAAAGUGAGACCAGUGGAUGAUGUUAUGCUUCCACGACAGAAGACUGGGAAAGGAAAUUCUUCCCUUGAUGUAAAGGAAGGAUUUUGUAAAAAUGUAGGGAAAUCAAUGUCAAGUAGAUGUAUAGACGUAGGGAGCUCUAGUUGUAAUGACUCAGAAGUAAAAGGUUCAACGCAACUGAAAGAUCGGAGCACAGAAGCUAACCCUUCAGUAUCCAUUUCACGUGGCAAUUCAUCCAUUCCUUAUGCAAAAAGUCCCCGUGAUUUGAAGGAUUUGCAGUCUGAUGGUAAACAAGGUAGCUUGUCAAAGCAAGCCAGACAUCUAAGUCGAAACCGUCUAGAAGAUAUAGUUGCUUCUGUGGGGGAUUCAUCUAAAAAUGAAAAGUGUAGUUCAAGCGAGCAAAUAUCAAGUGAAACGAAAUGUAAAGAUGAACUGGCACAUGUAGAUGGUUUACCUCGGUCGAGGGAAUUCAGAGAGGCGGGGGAGAAAAGCAAAGAUGCUGUUGGUAAUCACCAAAAGCAAAAUAUUAGCGAGGAUAUUAAUAAGGGCAAUAGGUUGCGAGCAGCGGUUGAUGCUGCACUGCGUAAAAAACCCAGCUUUAGCAAAAACAGAGGGUUGGAGCAAUCUGAUUUGCCUUCAGUGUCUAAUGUGGAUUCCGGUUGUAAUAAGGCUUUAAAAAGUUUACCCUCAAAGGUGCCGGUCAUAAGAGAUUGGCCUGUGGGAUUCCAAGGAUUGCCAGGAGGGCAUCCAAAUUUACGGACAGACAAGCAGACAAAUGCGGUAAAUGGAAACCAGUCUACACUCGCUGGUACUGAUGCAAUGGCUGCUUCCCAAUCUGUUGAGCUUGAAGUUAAUUUUCCUUCUGUAAAACCGGUCAUGAGAGAUUUGCCUGUGGCUGCCCCAAAUGUUCUGUCGACAACCUCAGCCAUCCCAGAGCAUGAGUAUAUUUGGCAAGGGGGCUUGGAGGUGCAGAAAAGCAGAAAUUUAUCAGCAAUGCAUAGUGGAAUACAAGCGUAUCUUUCAACCUCAGCAUCACCUAAGGUGGUUGAAGUGGUGAAACAAUUUCCUGAAAAAGUCACCUUGAAUGAAGUACCCAGGCUUAGUUCAUGGCCUGCACAGUUUCAAGAUACAGGUGCUAAGGAACAGCAUGUGGCUCUUUUCUUCUUUGCCAAGGACAUCGAGAGUUAUGAGAAAAAUUAUAAGCCUCUGGUAGAUAACAUGAUUCAGAAAGAUUUAGCCCUAAAGGGAAGCCUCGAGGGUGUUGAGCUUUUGAUUUUUGCGUCCAACCAGCUUCCUCAGGAUUGGCAGCGCUGGAACAUGUUAUUUUUCCUUUGGGGUGUAUUCCGAGGAAAAAAAGAGAGUUGCUCUAAUCCACCCAAGAACACACGUCUUCCGGCGUCUUGUGUUUUGCCAAAUAUGAAGAAAGCUUUUUCUACUCGUGAGACCUUUCACCAUGAGAAUCCAAGCAACAGAGAGUCUUUGACUGAUCGCACGUCGAACAGAAUGCAAUCGUGCAUGAAGGAGGAGAAAGCUAAAGAGGGUAAAGCGUGCGAUGCCAUUGAGAAGGAGAAUGCAUUCUCUGUUUCAUAUGGAGAACAUGGAGUGGCUGAAGAAAUCGAGGAAGGAGAGAUAGGUGUUAGCCCACACUUGAAGGAUGAGAAGACGGGGCCUGGGACAGUGAAAUCCUCUGACAUGAACCCGAAAGUGAACGUGGAUGAUCUGAAUAAAGAAGGGUUGUGUGAAGGUCCAGCGAAUAAAAAGCUGAAGACAGUUACAGGAGUAGAAACUGGAUGUAGCAUUGUCAGGAGGGAUACAUCUGUUCAUAAAUUUGCUUCAAAGAGGACUUCUGACAUCUGAAAUGGUAGACAAUAAUAAAACUACCGACCAUGACCACGAGCACAGGAGUCGUCUUGCCUUUCAUGGCUGGAACAACCUCAAUUGAAGAACAUAGAAGUAGCAGUAGUCAUAAGCCACAAGAUAAGGUGGUGAAUCAGGAAAACAAUCCAGCUUCUCUCUCACUAUCUUUGUUCUUGUCAUCCUUAUAAAAGAAACGACAAGAA